UGUCUACAAAACCUUCCAAUAAGUAAAGCAAGAAGAGCAAGUUAACUAAGAGAGAGCGUUGUCGUUGGAUGUUAUCGUAGAAAGACAGAGAGUUAGCACUAGCAGCAGCAGCUGUAGUAGUGCAUUGGUGGGUUACCUCCAAAUUAGGACUACAAUUAUUUCUUCUCUAAACUUUGAGAAAACAAAGAACCUACCAUCCAUUUUCUCUUUCCCUUCCAGAUCAUUUUCCUUGUAUAUUGCUUCGUAAUUCAACCAAGCUGAUCUCAGAAAACAGAUUGUACUGAGCAGGACCCGCGGGUUGCCUUGACAUUUUCAUACUACUGUUAUUAACAUUUCCUUCUUACCAUUUCCAGCAAUGGUUGCAUUAAAACCAAUGUUUCCGUGACCCCCCACCACCACCACCUCCUCCACCUCCCAAGAGUUAACUCUUUCUCGGAUCGAUUUUGAACCGCCCGCCACCGCUCUCUUCGUUGGGCUGGUCUGGCCAGCCAGGCGGUGGCACGUACUUAAAAAGCUUUCUUCUCAAAUUUUAUAGUAUAUCUAUCAUUAGUUUUGCAAUGGAAGUUAAGGCACGGUCUAGAUCGGCCCUACUAAUGACUGGCAGAUUUCUGAACCAUUUGCUCAGCUUGAUCAUGUUCUCUGUUCUAGACCUGCUUGAUUUUGCGCUGUGUUACUUGUACAAAGUGAUAGAUUUUUUCGUGGAGGCAGAACGGAAGCCCUGUUACUGCUCCUCGGCUAAAGAAGCCAUCACCAGCAGUGGCAAAAUCUUAGUCUCGGAGCAAGGAGAGUCUAAAAAGGUCGUAUGCCUGACCUCUACCAAGUUGCAGCUGGAGGAGAUCUCCGACACGCUCUACACUCGCCCUGCAUUGCUCUCCGAGGUCUCUAAGUCCACCGUCAACCGCCUCACCGCCAACAGCGGCGCCGUCAUUCAGAAACCCGACAAGAAUACCAAGAGGGGAGGAGGAGGAAGAGGAACGCUACGCUCAACGUUCACCGUCAAUUCCACCAUUGUUGAAAUGCUGCAAGGUAAAAUCGGGGCGGCCCCAACCCCCCAUCCUCCCAUGCCAAGGUGGUCAGAUUGUGAUUGUAAAACCUGCAACUCCUGGGCGUCUUCUUGCAAAGAGACCUUAUACGUCAAGGUCCAAGGAGCCACAGGUAAAGUGGAAGAAGACGUGAUAUUCAUACACGGCUUCAUCUCAUCUUCAGCAUUUUGGACGGAAACAUUGUUCCCAAACUUCUCCGAGUCAGCCAAGUCUAAGUAUCGAUUCAUUGCGGUUGAUCUGCUUGGUUUUGGAAGGAGCCCUAAGCCAACGGAUUCACUCUACACCCUGAGGGAACAUGUGGAGAUGAUUGAGAGGUCGGUUCUGGAGCCACACAAGGUCAAGUCUUUCCACAUCGUCGCCCAUUCUUUGGGCUGCAUCUUGGCUCUGGCACUCUCUGUCAAGCAUCCUGCCUCCGUCAAAUCCUUAACUCUUCUAGCACCCCCAUAUUUUCCAGUACCCAGGGGAGUAGAAGCUAGUCAGUACAUGAUGAGAAGAGUAGCCCCUCGGCGAGUAUGGCCACUGAUGGCUUUUGGGGCCUCGAUUGUUUGGUAUGAGCAUAUUAGCCGAACCGUUUGCCUUCUCAUCUGCAAAAACCACCGUCUCUGGGAUUUUCUUACCAAAUUACUUACCAGAAACAGGAUCAGAACAUAUUUGAUUGAGGGAUUUUGCUGCCACACACACAAUGCUGCGUGGCACACGCUGCACAAUAUUAUUUGCGGGACUGCAGGGAAAAUGGAAGGAUAUUUGGAUGUGGUGAAGAACCGGCUGAAAUGCGCGGUGACCGUAAUUCACGGUCGAGAUGAUGAAGUCAUCCCAGUUGAAUGCAGCUACAAUGUUCAAUCCAGAGUGCCUCGAGCCCAAGUCAAAGUUGUAGAAAACAAAGAUCACAUCACCAUUGUUGUUGGAAGGCAGAAAGCCUUUGCUCGAGAACUCGAGGAGAUUUGGAAAAUUUCAGGCCUUUAACAAACCCCAAAUAACUUGUGGUCGUGGUCGUCGUUGUCGUGGUCGUGUCGUGAUCGUGGAACGUGUGCGCCUCCGAAGAAAAUAUAUCGCUUCUUAGCCAAAUCAUUGAUGAAACUUUGGAUAAAUUGAUUUGGCCAGUCUUCUACUCCUCUAUUCAUACCAAGAAUGCUGCUGCAUAUAUAUACACAUAUACAUGUACUGAAGUCUUAGAGAGGUAGGGUUAAUUUGUGAACAAUCAGCUAUCAUAAUCGAGGAACGCAAGCAGCAAUGCCUCGUCAGUCAAUCGUGUUAGCUCGGUACUACACACCGCCCCUUUUCUAUAAGAAGCAGACUUUAAGAGUUUCGACCAUUCCAUUUUAGUAAAUUGUUUUGGACGAUUGAAAGUUUA